AUGGCUGCUUCCCCAAUUGCACACAUCCAACUGAGCCACCUCAUCCCCCAAGAAGGCGAAACCGACCCGAACUACGUAUCAGCUGUCACGAAGCUAAUAGACGCGCUUCAAAAUGAACACGUUUGUCUGCUGAAGCUUGACGCUGCAGAAGCAGCGACUCUCAAGAAAGGUCUGGUGUACGCUUCCGGUACUCUUGAGAAGCAGAGAAAUCUAGUGGACUCGAAGAAGCUGGGUGGGGAAGCUCAGCUGAACGGCGACAUCGUCGGCGGGUAUCAUGCGCUGCCGGACCAGGAGAUCUACAACGUCAUGCUGGGUGAAAGGCCGCACGACCAAGCCCUGGUCACGAGCUUCCGCAUGCUGAGCGACGCCUCUCGCCGCGUUCUGCGCGCGCUCGCAUGGGCGCUCCACGUGGACACGCACAUCGACCAGGGGCUGCUCACCUUCGUCACAUCAGACAAGCCAGGCUUGGAGGUCUUCUCCAAGGGGAGCUGGACGCUCGUCGACGCCGAUCUCGCCCCCGACGAGCUCGUUCUCUUCCCCGGGCAGGCGCUGACGGAAGCCACUGCCGGCCUCAUAACAGCCGCCGAGCACCGCAUCGCCCACGUCAGCAAUGCUGAUACUGACGUCAGCGGUCCGUCGGCGGUUCAGGGCCGCCUUUCCGCGGCCUUCAAGUGCCGGCCCCGUCUCGAUGCAACGUUCGACCGCGGCCCGAUCUUUGCGGCACACACCAGCGUGGGGAGCGCGUAUGUGAGAGACAAGAGGCUAUUGCCGGUGGCGGCUUACGUGGCGGAUAUGACGUUGCGGUAUGAGUCCGUCAACGACGUGAAGGUCAAGAAGGAGGAUCAUGCCGGUGAGUACGGAGACGGCGCGAGCAUGGCGGCACCUCUCGACCAGAAAUUGAAAGUGGAAGACUGCAAGAUCGGCCCGCCUCUCGCCCACAAAGUGAAAGUUGAACCUUAUGAGCCCAGCGCGCCUCCCAACAAAAAAACGAAAGUGGAAAAGUACAAUCUCAGGGCGCGACCGGUGGCCUCAGUGGGGGACAAAGAGAAGGCUCUGCGGAUCAAGGCUCGGGAGGCUGUAACGGAGACCUCGCGCAUAUCCAGACGAAAGGAUUGAAGGACAAAAACCAUGCACAAGGCUCCGCGACCCGGGUUUGAAAGCAAUGUAGAAAAGCAGAGCAUCGGAUGGCGAAGGCGUGUUUGACUUAGAGGAAAUCAGGAUAAGGCAUCAAGUCUUGCUUCUCUUUUUGGUUGCAGCCUUGGCAGGCAAAGCGCUGGAGACCGCGGCGCGCAGGUUACCUGGAUCAAAGUAGAAGAGGACGAGGCCGAGUAAACUUGAAAUCGAGCAAAUCUCAGCAGUACAACCUCGAGCGUAAUCCAGAUCUAGACUUCUAUCAUUCUGCCUUUAGUUGCAGCCGAUGAAGGAGCGUUUGCCCUUGCCCGGAGAACCCACUGCGAAAGAUUGAAGGAGUCGAGUUCCGGACUUUGUGGGGCGCAAAGGGCUAAAAGCUGUACAAUACCCAUUCAGAGACGAUUUAUUCGUUUCUUGGUUUCUGCUGUAGUAGCCGUUCAAACAUCGCCAACAUAAUCAAAGACUACCCGUAAUGAUUGAAACCCGUAACGGGCGACUGCAGACAGUGUGCUUGAACGGACAGGCAUUCCGACUUGGAUUACAAGAAGGCCGC